UCUCAAUCAAACUUUGCAAAGAACUCUGACAGCUCUACUCCGUCCCAACUCUCAUCCUCCUCUUCUUCCUCUUCUUCCUUCUUCAUUACAGAACAAUAUCUCUGCCCAAAAAAAAUUCAAAAAAAUAAUUACCAAAAAAAAAUAUCAAAUAUAUUUAUAUAUAAAGAAAAACUCUGUUUUAGUCUUCUAGAUAGAUUUAAAGCAAAACAGAGCUCAUCAGACCUCUCUCUCUCUAUCUGCAUAGAAGAGGAAGAAGAGGAAAGAGGAAGAGCGUUCUCUUUCUUUUAUAUAUACAUAUACGUUGAUUUAUAUAUCAGCUGCUUUGGACGUCAAGAAAUGUCUGGUUAUGUGGGCAUUCUGGUUUCAGAUCCAUGGCUGCAAAACCAGUUCACCCAAGUCGAGCUUCGCAGCUUGAAGUCCCAUUUCAUGAGCAUGAAGAGGGAGACGGGGAAGCUUACGCUAGCAGACCUGAGUUCAAAGAUGUCGAGGCUCAAAGGUGUUGGAGAGAAUCUGACUGAGGAAGACAGAGCAUCUUUCAUACAGAAUUUGCAUCACAACCUCGUAGAUGACGUUGAUUUUGAAUUCUUCCUCAGGGUUUAUCUGAAACUCCAAGCCCAUUUAAGUUCUAGAAAUGGAAGUCCUGCGAAAAACUCAUCCGCAUUUCUCAAGGCUGCAACCACUACACUGCUCCACACCAUUAGUGAAUCUGAGAAGGCAUCCUAUGUUGGCCAUAUCAACAACUACCUUGCAGAAGAUGAGUUCCUGAAGAGAUACAUUCCUAUUGAUCCUUCAACUAAUGAUCUUUUCGAGAUCGUAAAGGAUGGAGUACUUCUAUGUAAGCUAAUCAAUGUGGCAGUUCCGGGAACAAUCGAUGAACGAGCUAUCAAUACCAAGAGAGCACUAAACCCCUGGGAAAGAAAUGAAAACCAUACACUCUGCCUCAACUCUGCCAAGGCUAUUGGAUGCACUGUAGUUAAUAUAGGGACCCAGGACUUCAUUGAAGGAAGACGUCACCUAGUGCUUGGAGUGAUUUCUCAAAUUAUCAAGAUACAAUUAUUGGCAGACCUCAACUUGAAGAAAACACCGCAGUUGGUCGAGUUGGUUGAUGAUAGUAAGGAUGUGGAAGAGUUGAUGAGUCUUCCACCAGAGAAGAUAUUGCUAAGAUGGAUGAAUUUUCAAUUAAAGAAAGCUGGGUACAAAAAGAUAGUCACAAACUUCUCCUCCGAUGUGAAGGAUGCAGAGGCAUAUGCUCACUUGUUAAAUGUUCUUGCACCUGAACACAGCCAACCAUCUGCAUUGGCGGCAAAAGAUCCUUUGGAAAGAGCAAAGUUAGUACUUGGACAUGCAGAUAGGAUGGGUUGCAAGAGAUACUUAACUGCUAAAGAUAUUGUUGAAGGCUCACCAAAUCUUAACCUUGCUUUUGUUGCGCAUAUUUUCCAGCAUAGGAAUGGGCUCUCAACUCAAACAAAGCAAAUAUCUUUCCUGGAAACUUUGCCAGAUGACACCCAAAUCUCCAGAGAAGAAAGGGCAUUUCGCUUCUGGAUGAACAGUCUUGGAAAUUCAUCAUAUAUCGACAAUGUCUUUGAAGACCUUAGAAACGGGUGGGUGCUUUUGGAGACACUAGACAAGGUUUCACCAGGAAUUGUUAAUUGGAAGAUUGCAAAUAAGCCUCCAAUUAAAAUGCCAUUCAGAAAAGUAGAAAACUGCAAUCAAGUUGUAAAAAUUGGGAAACAAUUGAAGUUUUCCCUGGUAAAUAUUGCUGGAAAUGAUAUUGUACAAGGGAACAAAAAGUUAAUACUCGCAUAUUUGUGGCAAUUGAUGCGGUGCAACAUCCUCCAACUACUAAAGAACUUGAGAUUCCACUCUCAUGGGAAGGAAAUCACAGAUGCUGAUAUUCUAGAAUGGGCCAACACAAAAGUCAGCAACUCGGGAAGCCAGAGCCGAAUGGAAAGCUUUAGGGACAAAAGUUUGUCAGAUGGCAUUUUUUUCCUGGAGCUGCUUAGUGCUGUGCAGCCUAGAGUCGUCAACUGGAGUCUAGUUACAAAAGGAGUGACUGAUGAGGAGAAAAAGAUGAAUGCCACCUACAUAAUCAGUAUUGCAAGGAAGCUUGGAUGUUCAAUAUUUUUGCUUCCUGAAGAUAUAAUUGAGGUGAAUCAAAAAAUGAUCCUUACCUUGACUGCAAGCAUUAUGUAUUGGUACUUGAAACAACCUGGUGAAGAGAGACCCACUGGAAUAUCAGAUAGCGAGGGCUCCAGUCAAUCGGAGACAAUCUCAAAUUCAACAACAGAUGACUCUUCUUCUGAAUCAUCAUUGGAGGAGCAUGGACAUUUAUAAAUAAACAAACAUAUAUAUGAUUUUUAUGGUAGAGCUUUUGCUGUCUCGAGCUCUUAUGGAUUCUUUUUCUCCCCUUUCUUUUCUUCAUUUUCUGGUUAAAAUUUGAUUGCAAAUAUCAGUGUAUGACAUAUAGGAAUUCAAGUGUUUUCAAAGCAAAAAUUUUGUUAAAGCAAAUUUCAUAUGUGAAUAGCUAUCUCUCCUCCCCCAUUUUGAAAUGUAUCUGAAUUGUCAUUUUGCUC